GUACUAUCCAAUAAGUAGAAGAGAAGAAGAUAGACGUUAUUCAUUAAAAUCUAAUGAAUGAUCAUUAUGAAAUACUCUCUUCGCAAAUAAUUCAAGAAGAGGAAGAUUUCUUCUUUGAUGAUGACGAUGAAAAUGAUAAUGAUGAUUCUAUUUCAAUGACAUAUCCUGAUGAGCAGCAAAAUAAUAAAGAUCAAGUUAAUGACAGUAAAGAUGAUUCCUUUAAGCGUCUUCUUGCUGGUCCUUCGGUGAAUAAGGCUGGUUUAGAAGGUGUUGACAAAGAUAAAGUGAAUAGUAUCAUCUAUGAAGCAUCUAAAGGGUCAGCAUUUUUUGAAAGAGAGAAAAAGAGAGACAUGGCAGUAACAAAACGUAUCAAUACUAUAUUAGCCAAAUACGAACUGAUAAAAAAUCACGACUUAACAUUUGAAAGAAACAUAGUUGAUAACAUGAUUGAAGAUCUUGAAACUAAAACUCGUGAUCUAACACAAUGCAUUUGUCAUAUGGAUAUGGAUGCCUUUUAUGCCUCUGUAGAAGAAUUGGAAAAUCCAGAGUUGAAAAAGAUACCAAUGGCAGUGGGUGGCAUGUCGAUGCUUUGCACAAGUAACUACUUGGCACGUCAAUAUGGAGUUAGAAGUGCCAUGCCAGGGUUUAUUGCCCUAAAGUUAUGCCCUCAAUUGAAAAUAAUUCCUCUUCACUUUCCAAAAUAUCGUGCUGCAUCAAAUAAGAUAAGAGCUGUUUUUGAGAAAUAUGAUCCUCAUUACUUGCCAAUGAGUUUAGAUGAGGCUUACUUGAAUUUAACAGAAUAUCUGAAAACAACUGAAUUGACACCAAGUGAGUUAGUGGAGCAAAUAAGACAUGAAAUAUUUGAAGCAACACAAUUAACAGCUAGUGCAGGAAUUGCUUGCAAUCGAAUGCUAGCUAAAGUGUGUAGUGAUAUUAAUAAGCCCAAUGGACAAUAUUAUUUACCAAUGGAUAGAGCUUCUAUUAUGUCCUUUGUAAAAGAUCUUCACGUAAGAAAAAUCCCCGGAGUAGGACGAGUAACAGAACGUGUUCUUGAAGCUCUAAAUGUGAAAACUUGCGGAGAUAUUUAUCCUCAUCGUGCAAUACUUUAUAAACUUCUUAGCCCUUCCAGUUUUCAAUUUAUGCUAAAAAGCUAUUUGGGCAUUGGUUCCACUUCCGUCAAUAAUGAAGUAGAAAGAAAAAGUGUUAGUGUUGAACGUACCUUUUCGUCUAUGUCUGAUCCUAUUGAGUUAUUCAAUAAAGUUAAAGAAUUAUCACAGCUUCUUGAAAAAGAUUUAGAAAAAUUAGGAUAUAUGGGAAGGAAUGUAGGUAUAAAAUUAAAGUCGGUUACUUAUGAAGUUCGAAUUCGUUCAAAAACAUUUCCUUCCUAUAUAUGGAAAGCAAAAGAUAUUGAAAGGAUAGCAAAAGAAUUGUUGAUCAAGGAACUUCCAGUGAAUAUCCGAUUAAUGGGAAUUCGUAUAUCCACGAUAAAACCGAGAGGGAACGAAGAUGAGAGUGUUAUGAAGUACUUUACUAAGCUUACUUCUCAGUCAGAUGAUAAUGAUCAAAUAAAGCAACAACAGAGUAUAGAAAAAUCAACUAACACAACCAAGUUAAUACACAAUAAACAGUACGAGCAAAUUGGCAGUAAUAAAAAUAAUACCCCACAUAGGAUGAUAGAAGAAAGAAGCAAAAUGACAUUGCCUGCACUAUUAAUGCUACCUACUUCUUCAUUCCAAAUAUGCCCCAUUUGUAAUUGUCAAAUUGCUACGGAAGAUAAUUCAGAAUUAAAUCAACAUAUAGAUAUAUGUUUGAGUAAAGUGGAAGUUAAAGCCAUUUUGAAAGAUCAAAGAAAACGAUUAGAAUCAUCAAGUAAGCCUAAUCCUCAACAAACUCCUAAAAAACGUAUAAAAAGGUAAUCUACUCUACUUUUUUUACUUUAUUUUUUGGAGAAAAAAAAAAAAAAGAAAAGAAA